AUGCACAGCAUCUUUCGCAUCAAUGAUGUAAAGCCAAUGCAAGGAAAUGAGGAAGUGUAUGAAGUGGAGCUGUCGCUGACAAGUGACAAUGAUGAAGAGUUGCGUGUGCUAACUGAGCAAAUUCGAAAAGAGAGUUUUCCGGAUGCCGAAGGAUGGAAGCGAUUGGGUCUGGUGUUCAGUAACAUAGGACAGUUAGAUAUUGCUGAACAAAUCUGUAGAGUUACACUAAAUGAAAAAUUUGCUGGUUGCCUUCAAGCGGAUACCUAUAAUCAACUUGGUAUAAUUAAAUAUCACCAAGGGCAACAUGAAGACGCUAUAAUACUUUAUCAGAAAGCUCUUGAAAUUCAACAACAAUCACUUCCAUCCAAUCAUCCUGAUGUGGCAUCAUCCUACGGUAACAUCGGUAAUGUGUAUAGAAACAUGGGUGAUUAUUCCAGAGCCCUUUCGUCACAUGAACAAGCUCUCAAUAUUAGACAACAAUCACUUCCAUCCAAUCAUCCUGAUGUGGCCAAAUCCUACAACAACAUCGGUGCAGUGUAUUGGGACAUGGGUGAUUAUUCCAGAGCACUUUCGUCAUAUGAACAAGCUCUCAAUAUUAGACAACAAUCACUUCCAUCCAAUCAUCCUGAUGUGGCAUCAUCCUACAACAACAUCGGUAAUGUGUAUACAAACAUGGGUGAUUAUUCCAGAGCCCUUUCGUCACAUGAACAAGCUCUCAAUAUUAGACAACAAUCACUUCCAUCCAAUCAUCCUGAUGUGGCAUCAUCCUACAACAACAUCGGUGCAGUGUAUUCGAACAUGGGUGAUUAUUCCAGAGCACUUUCUUCACAUGAACAAGCUCUCCAUAUUAGACAACAAUCACUUCCCUCCAAUCAUCCUGAUGUGGCCAAAUCCUACAACAACAUCGGUGCAGUGUAUUCACACAUGGGUGAUUAUCCGAAUGCCUGCUUAUUUUACGAAUACGCUCUGCAAAUUGGUCAACAAGUGCUACCAUCAACACAUUCUCAUCUUCAACUGUACAAGAGAAACGUGGAAGAAACACAACAUAUUCUCACUGUACUUGGUUUUCUUAAAUAG